AUGUCCAACCCAAUUCUACUGGGGGCCUACCCCAACAGUUAUGAAGUCCCACCCAGUUCUUCCCACUCCGAUAAACCCUUCAUGGACACUGAAAAGUCCGAAAAGCAUAUUCCUCUGGGCUUCCGUCAACGUCUUCGUCAUUUCACGUGGGCAUGGUACACUUUAACCAUGAGUGCAGGAGGUCUCGCCCUUCUCAUAGCCAACCAACCCAACACUUUCCAAGGCCUUUAUGAAAUCGGCCUCGCGGUCUACCUAGUCAACAUCCUCCUAUUUGCCCUAGUCUGCUCCCUAAUGGCCGCCCGCUUCAUCAUCCACGGCGGAAUGCUCAGUUCCCUCGCGCACGACCGCGAAGGCCUCUUCUUCCCGACCUUCUGGCUCUCCAUCGCAACAAUAGUCACCGGCCUGGAGAAAUACUUCGGCGACGACCCGGAACAAGCCUUCUCUACUGCUCUCGAAGUCCUCUUCUGGAUCUACUGCGUCUGCACCUUCUCCGUCGCAGUCAUCCAAUACUCCUUCCUCUUCUCCUCGCAUACAUACCGCCUUCAAACAAUGAUGCCUUCGUGGAUUCUCCCGGCCUUCCCAGUCAUGCUCAGCGGAACCAUCGCCUCCGUCAUCGCGGAGCGCCAACCAGACCGCUCCGCCAUCCCAAUCGUCACAGCCGGCAUAACCUUCCAAGGCCUCGGAUUCUGCAUUUCCUUCAUGAUGUACUCGCACUACAUCGGCCGACUCAUGGAGUCAGGCCUGCCAAACCGAGAACACCGUCCCGGAAUGUUCAUCUGCGUCGGUCCGCCCGCUUUCACGGCCCUUGCGCUCGUCGGCAUGGCGCGUGGUCUGCCAGAGACAUUCAGCGUGCUGGAUAGCGAGGACAGCGCCGCUGAUGGGCGGAUGCUGGAGAUUCUGGCGCUUGCUGCUGGUGCAUUUUUAUGGGCUUUGAGCUUCUGGUUCUUUUGUGUUGCAGCUAUUGCUGUUAUUCGCUCCCCGCCUACGAGCUUCCAUCUCUCCUGGUGGGCUAUGGUGUUCCCUAACACUGGCUUUACCAUUGCCACUAUCACCCUUGGUAAUGCGUUUAAUAGUACGGCCAUCAAGGGUGUUGGGUCAGCUAUGUCCAUUUGCAUUGUCUGUAUGUUCCUCUUUGUCUUUGUCAGUCAUAUCCGGGCUGUUUAUCGCCAGGAUAUCAUGUAUCCUGGUAAGGAUGAGGAUGUGUCUGAGUAG